CUAUACUUGAACAGAAACGCGGAGGCAGCCUUGGCUGGCCGGGGGAAAGGAGCGGCGGUCGAAAACCAUGGCCUUCUCCUUCAACCCUCCUUCCUCCUCCUCGUCGUCCUCGUCCUCCUCCUCGCCGUCGUUUUCCUUCCCUUCUGCCACUCCUUCGCAAUCCCAGGGCUUUUCUUUCCAGUCCCAAACCCCUUCAGCGUCCUCCUCAUCUCCGUUCUCCUUCUCUUUCUCCACAACCCCUUCCCUUUUAUUCUCUUCCUCCUCCUCCACCACCACCGCCGCCUCCUCCUCCCCCGCCUUCUCUGGCUUCGGCUUCACUUCCGCCGCCUCAUCGCCUGCAACCGGUUUCUCUCUUGGAACCCCUUCUUCCUCCGCCUCCUCCCCGUCUCUAUUCGGCUUCUCAACCCUUGGCUCCUCAGCGGCUUCAUCUGCCGCGACCACGGCUAACCUUUUCUCGGCAUCAACCUCCGCUGCCUCCUCUUCCUCGUCGUCCGCCGCGCCUCCCUCUGCCCCGAGCCCUCUUUUCGCUUCAGAUUUCGGCACCUCGACCUUGUCCUCCGCGACGUUUUCUUCUUCCUCAGCAGCUUCUCCUUUUUCCACUGCGAGCCCUAGUUUCGGUUUCGGAUCCGGUACACCGUCUCCUCUAUUCGGCUUCGGGUCUUCUUCUUCCGCGUCCUCCCCGCUACAUGGAACCUCGUCUUCUGCUUCUUCUGCCGCAGCCUUGUCGUUCUCCUCCGCUUCGCCAGUGCUCACUUCUUCAGUGGCUACUCUCGGAACUAGCGCUGCCCCUUCUUUCGCUUCCUUUGCCUCAUCCUCGACCCCUUCGACUGCAGGAGUGGCCGCGACGGCGACGGUGACGACGACAUCAACUCCAUCCUUCUCAUCCUUGUUCUCCUCCUCGUCCUCUGCAUCUCCCCUGUCUUCGUCGUCUUCUUCGUUUACUACUGCUUCGACUGGUGCGUUCUCUUUUGGAACCGGUGGAUCCUUACCUCAGAACUCCUUCAUUGCUUCGUCAUCAUCUGCUGGUACCUCUUUAUCACUGCCUGUUGCGGCCACAACCUCCCCGUCAUCUUCCUCAACAUCUGGCUUUUCAUUUGGGUCUGCAAAAUCGGCUGCUUCCCAGCCUUCCUUCGGGUUCGCCAAUGCAGUUUCGCCUGCUGCUGCAACUGCCUCUGCGGCACCUGUCUUCGCCGGUGCUGCAGCUGCUGCGAAGCCUCUCACCCUGUCAUUUGGGUCUUCUUCCACACCACCCAUAUCAACCAUGGCACCGGCAUUGACAACUGCAAGCACUAUAACUUCUGUGCCAGCUAUAACACCCCCUGCUACAGCUUCCUCUUUGUUUGCCUCGGCAGCUGCAUCUUCUCUGUCGUUUUCAGUUUCUUCAUCAACGUCAGCAGCUGCAGCAUCCACCACUGCAUCAUCUUCUUUGACAUCAACAACUACUGCUGCAGCUACUGGUGCUUUCCCAAGCUUUGGCAUGUCAGCGUCUUCAGCAAACUCCGCAACACCAUCAACAAUGUCAUCAUCUCCACUUCAAUCCACACCAGCAGUUUUGUUGUUUGGUUCCUCUACUUCAGCAUCUGCUAGUGUGGCAAGUUCCAGUGCUGCCACAAGUCAACCUUUAACGCCAUCAGUUCAAGCUAGUAGUGGCGGACUUAUUACAACCACUUCAGCCACAACCCAGGCACCAAAAUUACCUUCAGAAAUUGUUGGGAAAACUGUCGAGGAGAUAAUUAAGGACUGGAAUGCUGAGCUACAGGAGCGUACUUCAAAGUUCCGAAAGCAGGCUACAGCAAUAGCUGAAUGGGACAGGAGGAUUCUACAAAACCGAAAUAUUCUCAUUAGGCUGGAGGCUGAAGUGGCAAAAGUUGUGGAGACUCAAACUAACUUAGUACGACAACUUGAAUUAAUUGAAACUCAUCAACAAGAGAUUGAUAAGGCUCUGGAGAGCAUGGAAGAAGAAGCUGAGCGUAUAUAUAAGGAUGAACGGGCAUUGCUUUUGGAAGAUGAGGCCACUUCUGUGAGAGAUUCAAUGUAUGAACAAGCUGAGUUUAUUGAAAGAGAAAUGCAAAAGAUGGCUGAACAAGUAAAAUCAGUAAUUCAAACAGUGAAUUCUUCUCAGGGUGGUGAUAUGGAUAUGGUUGAUGGUAUGACUCCACUUGAUGUUGUUGUCCGAAUACUUAACAAUCAGCUGAGCACUCUAAUGUGGAUUGAUGAAAAGGCAAAUGAAUUCUCAGAUCAGAUUCAAAAGGUGGCCAACAGUGGGGCUGCAGCCGAACGUGGUUCGACAGCUCCAAGAUUCUGGUUGAGUUAACCUCUACAGUCUUAACAGUAAAAGAGUUGUAUGUUAACUUGCAUGUGCUAAGGUAGAGAAGUUGUCUGAUUACCUUCGUUUUUGAGGACGAAGCUUAUCAUUGGGGGGGAGACGUCUGAUAUUGGAACUUAUCAUUUGCUGCCAUGCUAAUUCCUGUGAAUUCAGAAUCCUGUCAAGCACUUUGUAAGAUUCUUAAAACUGAGAACAUAUCAUCAUGUAGUUGUGAAAAUUGUCUUUGGAGAU